AUGCUCCAACCCUUUCCAGGUUGCCCCAACCCCUUCCAGGAUGCUCCAACCCUUUCCAGGUUGCCCCAACCCCUUCCAGGAUGCUCCAACUCCCUUCCAGGAUGCUCCAACUCCCUUCCAGGAUGCUCCAACUCCCUUCCAGGUUGCCCCAACCCCUUCCAGGAUGCUCCAACUCUCUUCCAGGAUGCUCCAACUCCCUUCCAGGAUGCUCCAACUCCCUUCCAGGAUGCUCCAACUCCCUUCCAGGAUGCUCCAACUCCCUUCCAGGUUGCCCCAACCCCUUCCAGGAUGCUCCAACUCCCUUCCGGGAUGCUCCAACUCCCUUCCAGGUUGCCCCAACCCCUUCCAGGAUGCUCCAACUCCCUUCCAGGAUGCUCCAACUCUCUUCCAGGAUGCUCCAACUCCCUUCCAGGAUGCUCCAACUCCCUUCCAGGAUGCUCCAACUCCCUUCCAGGAUGCUCCAACUCUCUUCCAGGAUGCUCCAACUCCCUUCCAGGAUGCUCCAACUCCCUUCCAGGUUGCCCCAACCCCUUCCAGGAUGCUCCAACUCUCUUCCAGGAUGCUCCAACUCCCUUCCAGGAUGCUCCAACUCCCUUCCAGGAUGCUCCAACUCCCUUCCAGGAUGCUCCAACUCCCUUCCGGGAUGCUCCAACUCUCUUCCAGGAUGCUCCAACCCUUUCCAGGAUGCUCCAACUCUCUUCCAGGAUGCUCCAACCCUUUCCGGGAUGCUCCAACCCUUUCCAGGAUGCUCCAACCCUUUCCAGGAUGCUCCAACCCUUUCCAGGAUGCUCCAACUCUCUUCCAGGAUGCUCCAACCCUCUUCCAGGAUGCUCCAACCCUUUCCAGGAUGCUGCAACUCUCUUCCAGGAUGCUCCAACUCUCUUCCAGGAUGCUCCAACCCCUUCCAGCUGA